UUGGCUAGGUCUCCCAAGCCUUCUCCACUCUCCAAACUUUCACCAAACUCUUGGCCCCCGCCUUCCCGAAACCAAAACACAACAAGCUGUGGAGGAGCCGCGAGCGGCGCGGCGGGGCGGGCGGACUCGCGGCGGCACUGAGCCUCGGGAGGCUGAUGCAACUUUCCCUUUAAGAAAGCCACCUGGGCGCACCGCGGUGCGGACCCAGCACGCCUGGGCCGGGGGCUGCAGCAUGCUCUUGAGGUCUGUGGUCUGAAAGGUGCUGGAAGCAGAGCCUGUGAGUGUGGUCCAGGACUCCAGGGCCGCUCCCCAACUUGCUGCUGCCAUGGUAGGAAAAGGUGCCAAAGGGAUGCUGAAUGGUGCUGUGCCCAGCGAGGCCACCAAGAGGGACCAGAACCUCAAACGGGGCAACUGGGGCAACCAGAUCGAGUUUGUACUGACGAGCGUGGGCUAUGCCGUGGGCCUGGGCAAUGUUUGGCGCUUCCCAUACCUCUGCUAUCGCAACGGGGGAGGCGCCUUCAUGUUCCCCUACUUCAUCAUGCUGAUAUUCUGCGGGAUCCCUCUCUUCUUCAUGGAGCUCUCGUUCGGCCAAUUUGCAAGUCAGGGCUGCCUGGGGGUCUGGAGGAUCAGCCCCAUGUUCAAAGGUGUGGGCUAUGGCAUGAUGGUGGUGUCCACGUAUAUUGGCAUCUACUACAACGUGGUCAUCUGCAUCGCCUUCUACUACUUCUUCUCGUCCAUGACGCACGUGCUGCCCUGGGCCUACUGCAAUAACCCCUGGAACACGCCCGACUGCGCUGGGGUGCUGGACGCCUCCAACCUCACCAACGGCUCCCGGCCCGCCUCCCUGCCUGGCAACCUCUCCCACCUGCUCAACCACUCCCUCCAGAGGACCAGCCCCAGCGAGGAGUACUGGAGCCUGGAGUUGGGCACGUGUUGGACAGCGCCCUCUGCAGGUCGUGGAGCGAAGGGCGGCUUCCAGGGAAUUUGGGAGGCUGCGAAGAGGCAGGCCCGCCCAGCAAACACCAAAUCCCAGGCCUGGCAACAUUGUCCCAUGAGGGGACAGAGUAACAAUCGCAUCACAAGGCUCUAUGUGCUGAAGCUCUCAGACGACAUUGGGAACUUUGGGGAGGUGCGACUGCCCCUCCUCGGCUGCCUUGGUGUCUCUUGGGUGGUGGUCUUCCUCUGCCUCAUCCGCGGGGUCAAGUCUUCAGGGAAAGUGGUGUACUUCACAGCCACGUUUCCCUACGUGGUGCUGACCAUCCUGUUCGUCCGAGGUGUGACCCUGGAAGGAGCCUUCAUGGGCAUCAUGUACUACCUGACCCCGCAGUGGGACAAGAUCCUGGAGGCCAAGGUGUGGGGGGAUGCCGCCUCCCAGAUAUUCUACUCGCUGGGCUGCGCGUGGGGAGGCCUCAUCACCAUGGCUUCCUACAACAAGUUCCACAACAACUGCUACCGGGACAGCAUCAUCAUAAGCAUCACUAACUGUGCCACCAGCGUCUAUGCGGGCUUCGUCAUCUUCUCCAUCCUGGGCUUCAUGGCCAAUCACCUGGGUGUGGACGUGUCCCGUGUGGCUGACCACGGUCCUGGCCUAGCCUUCGUGGCUUACCCUGAGGCCCUCACCCUGCUGCCCAUCUCCCCACUCUGGUCCCUGCUCUUCUUCUUCAUGCUCAUCUUGCUAGGGCUGGGCACUCAGUUCUGCCUCCUAGAGACGCUGGUCACGGCCAUUGUGGAUGAGGUGGCAAACGAGUGGAUCCUGCAGAAAAAGACCUACGUGACCUUGGGUGUGGCCGUGGCUGGCUUCCUGCUGGGCAUCCCCCUCACCAGCCAGGCAGGCAUCUACUGGUUGCUGUUAAUGGACAACUACGCGGCCAGCUUCUCCCUGGUUGUCAUCUCCUGCAUCAUGUGUAUGUCCAUCAUGUACAUCUACGGGCACCGGAACUACUUCCAGGACAUCCAGAUGAUGCUGGGAUUCCCACCGCCCCUCUUCUUCCAGAUCUGCUGGCGCUUUGUCUCUCCAGCCAUCAUCUUCUUCAUUCUCGUCUUCACGGUGAUCCAGUACCGGCCAAUUACCUACAACCACUACCAGUAUCCAGGCUGGGCUGUGGCCAUCGGCUUCCUUAUGGCUCUGUCCUCUGUCAUUUGCAUCCCUUUCUAUGCCCUGUUCCAGCUCUGCCGCACAGAUGGGGACACCCUCCUCCAGCGUUUGAAAAAUGCCAUGAAGCCAAGCAGAGACUGGGGCCCCGCCCUCCUGGAGCACCAGACUGGGCGCUAUGCCCCCACCAUCCCACCCUCUCCUGAAGACGGGCUGGAGGUCCAGCCGCUACACCCGGACAAGGCCCAGAUCCCCAUGGUGGGCAGUAACGGCUCGAGCCGUCUGCAGGACUCCCGGAUAUGAGCGCAGCUGCCCGGGGAGGGCCCCCCCCCUGCUCCCACCACAGAGACUGGAGAGGCAGGGGACGGGUGUCACCACCUGCCCUGCCAUGCCCUGGCCGGGGCGGCUGCUGUCACCUUGGUCACCCCUGGUAGCGUGGUCAUUUGUGCUCGUGUCCCCAGUGUUUACAGGUCCUUUGGAUGCCCAGAUGGCAGCUGGGGAUGGGUGUGGGCGAUGGGAGGGUUGCCGGUGGGGGGGGGGGGCAAAGCACUUUGGAGGGGGGGUCUCAGGCCAGGUCCCCAGAGAUCUGCUGGGCUUUACACGGCCUCUGAUGCCCCCACACUCUGCCCUGAGCUGUGGUUCUAGGUGGCCCCCCUACCUGUCCCCUUCCUUGGGCCUCCAGCCUCCUGACCAGUGUUCCUGCCCUCAGAGCAGACCCCAGCCUCUGCCCAGGCAAAUUUGGGUCUUCCUAUCCAGGGGCAGGGUGAGGGGCUAAGGGGCUGUACAGUGUUACUUGUCAGGCUGUGCCGCCCAGCCCUGUUUGUCUGUGUAAUUAUUUUUGUAAAAAUCGUAUUAUCUGUGGUUGCCACUCCUGUGCCCCCAGCCUUGGGCCCCCUCUGUCUUCCAGGCCUGCCUGCACCUCACUCGGCUGCUCUGGGGUCUCUGCACCUCAUUCCAGCCCUGGCUGUCAGGCCCAGCCAGCAGAGGCCCACGACCCAGCAGCCUGCCCAAAGCACUAGUUUCUGGGGGGUAGGGGUGGGGCGCUGCUCAGCAGGAGGUUUGAGCCCAGAGCCCUGGGGAAAGGGACCUUACAGGAAACCCCUUUGCCCUCUCUCCACCAGGUGAAAGGUCCAGUCCUCCCAAACUGGGCUGCCCUUGUUCAUGUGCCAAAUGGCCCCAGCCCGCGUGCCGCAUCCCCUCUCUGGAGCCAGAGCUCCUCCCCUGCCCCCAGCCCCGCAGUGUCCAUCUGUCCGUCCUCUGUGCCCCUCUGUGCAGUGACAGCGCCGGAAGAGCCGCCUCUAAUCCUCUGUAGCAAUAAUGGUGCACCACCCACCCCUACCCCUCCAUGCACCACUAGGAUUUUAAAGUCCAUAGAUUUUAAUGAAAUUUCUAUUCCUGUCUCUGA